AGGGGCAGCAGGAGGACGGCGCUCGCGCGCGCGCGCGCCGAGCGAUGGCCCGCGGCGCUGCCCGCCGCAGAGGCCUCGCCGCGAGAGCCGAGGCGGCGGCGGCGGUGGGCGGCGCUCUCCUGCGGGCGCCGCCCUGCUGCGCCGCCUCUGGCGCUUUGCCGGCGCCUGGCCCCACGGGCGCGUCCGCCCUCGAGAGGGCGCGCGCGCUCACGGCGCCGGCGCCCUCGCGGACGAAGAGGGGCGAGUUCGAGGGCCACGAGUUCUGGGAGCAGCACGACGCCCUCCUCGCGGAGGCGUGGUCGGAGCUGCGGCCCCGCAGGCCGGCGCUCUACGAGUUCGGGCCGGGGUUCGAGGGCAGGUACGUGCACGGGGACCUGCGCGAGGCCGCGGCCGCUGCGCGCAGAGGCGCUGGCGAGGCCGCCGCCUGGUCCCUCUUCGACGAGGUUGUGCCUGGGGUCUUCGCCAGCGACCGCCUGUUCACCGACCUCUUCCUGAGCGACUUGCUGGAGGAGCUGGAGCACAUCGAGAGCUCUGGCAUCCCCCGCCGCCGGCCCAACGGCAUGAACAGGUACGGGGUCAUCCUCGAUCAGGUCGGCCUGGAGCCUUGCCUGCAGGGCCUCGUGGCCAAGUACGUGCGCCCCCUGGCCGGCAUGCUCUUCCCCGAGCUCAUCACCGCCACCGACGCGGAGGAGCACUACGCGUUCUCCGUGCGCUACGAGGCGGGGGGCGACACGGAGCUGGCCAAGCACGGAGACGCGGCCGUGGCGACGCUGAACCUGUGCCUGGGCCGCCUCGGCUGGACUGGCGGCGAGCUCGAGUUCUUCGACUACGAAGCGUCGGGCAUCUACGCCCUGCCCCGGCCCGCCUCCAAGGGCAACGUCACCUUCCGCCCGGGGAUGGCCGUGAUCCACCGCGGACAGCACCAUCACCGGGCGCUGAGGCUCCGGAGCGGCAUGCGCACGAACGUGGUCGUGUGGCUCUUCGCGAGGCACGGGGUCGUCCGCGUGGCCCCCUACGCUCCCGGCGAGCAGCUGUCGGCCUCCCAGCGGUGGGGCCAGGCCGCCGCCCGGGGCCUGGAGCUGUGAGGCCGGGAGUGACUGCCGCGCUCCCGCGCGCGCGUGCAGGACCGCGUGCGAGCAGGGCAGACCGAGGCCGCAGGCCCGUCGCGGCGGCUCAGUGCCCCCACGCUGGCGUCACCCAACACAACACCGCAUGCCCUC